GGGCAAACGCAGGCCCGCCCAACUUCAGGGGGGUUUGUUGAGCAUGCUCAAGCUCCACCCGCCACGGCCACGCCGUAGCCCCGAGAAGCGGAAGCAAAUAAGCAUGCGUGCGGGGGUCGGUUUGGGUCGGUUCCUGAGGCUGCCCUCGGCGGCUCAGCGUUGCUCUUCUUCCGGCAGAAAAGGGACGCCAGCGCGGCUUCUGCAACCGUGCAUCCUCGGCGGCCUCUGGCCCGGUGGCCCCAUGGCUCAGUACAGCACGGUGCAGCGCGGGCAGCUCGAUUCGCUUGAUUGCCGCUUUUACUUUAAGAAUUCAAAGGGAAAAUAUAUUUCCCCUUUCCAUGACAUUCCUCUGUUUGCUGGAUCAAAUGAGGAGAAAGGGAUUCCUGCAAAGAGGUCAAAGACUGAUGGAAAUGAGGUUGUACUUAACAUGAUCGUAGAAGUACCUCGCUGGACGAAUGCAAAAAUGGAGAUUGCUACAGAGGAGCCAUUGAAUCCCAUUAAGCAAGAUGUAAAGCACGGCAAGCUGCGAUACGUGGCAAAUAUCUUCCCCCAUAAGGGCUAUAUUUGGAAUUACGGUGCCUUCCCUCAGACUUGGGAAGAUCCUGGUCAUAAAGAUGAUCACACAGGAUGCUGUGGUGACAACGAUCCCCUUGAUGUCUGUGAAAUUGGUUCCCAGGUUCGUACACUUGGUGAGGUUGUUCAGGUGAAGGUUCUUGGGCUUCUAGGUCUUGUUGAUGAGGGAGAGACUGACUGGAAGAUCAUUGCUAUUGGCAUGGAUGACCCAGAAUCACAGAAAAUCCAUGAGAUUGAUGAUGUCAGGAAGUUCAAGCCAGGUUAUCUCGAAGCGACAGCUGACUGGUUCAGAUUAUACAAAGUCCCAGACGGGAAGCCGGAAAAUCAGUUUGCUUUUAACGGCACGUAUAAAGACAAGACGUUUGCCCUUGAGGUAAUUAAAUCCACCCACGAAUACUGGAAAGCUUUACUUCACAAAAAGGCUGAUGGGGAAGCUAUAAAAUGCACUAAUCUUCUGGUGCACACCAGUCCGUACUGCUGUAAUGAAGAGGAUACCCAAGCAAUUGUGCAAUCUGCUGCAGAUCCCGUGGAAGGAUAUUCUGUUUCCAAAGGAGUUGAUAAGUGGUACUUUCUUGGCCAGUGAUCACUUGAAUUCUCUAAAAUGUUGAACUACUUGGUUCUCUUUCUUCAUAUACACAUACACACAAUUUGCUGAAGAUAUACAGGUGAAGGCACCACUGAAUGGAUUCUGUAGAUUCAAGUCUUUGUGCAAUGCAAACCAUCUGUCAUGUAAAUAAAAGUGAUUUUUCUUUAAAGAA